AACCCAACGAAGACGAAACUAUUCAUGAGAAGGGUACAUUUUUAACUAGUUCGGGCAAAAUAGUUAUCAUGGAAAUAAAUGUGGUUAGACUUCCCAACAUAAAUAAAAAAGAAUAUCCCGAUGAUUUUAAAUUUAGUUUUAUGGUUCUUAACGAAAAAGAUGAGCAAGAAUAUGUGCGUUUAGAUAAUCAUAAAAAUAAGCCUCCUCACUGA